AUGAAUGCCAGCUAUUGGGACCUCUCGUCCAUCCUGUGCGAGGCGACCAAGGUGCCAUGCCAAUUCAAGCACGAUGUGCCCGGUCUCUCUCACCUGCAAGGCACCAUCACAAACACGGGCGGCAUUUCCAGCAGCGGCGCGGGGCACAUCGAUGAGGAUGCGGAUAUGGACGACAUCACACUUGCAAAGCGCAAGCAGGAACACGAAGCUGCCAAUACGCUCAGAGCGGGCACUAAGCUGGAAUUGCCGUUCUGGAUGGCAGAGUACCUGACCGAGCACGACUAUACAAAUCUCAGCUUUCCUAGACAGUACAAUAGCAGAGUCAAGGCUGCAUUGGAUGCUGAUCCAAAGAGCGUGCUGCUUAGAUCCCUCAACAACUACUGGUACGCACUGGGCAUGCGAUUGGGUGCAUUCGCGGAUGACAAGGAUACCCUAGACAGGCUCGCCGCCACGUACACUGCCCGCAUCACUUCGAUCUACGCCGCGGCGCAGCAUUUGGCAGCUACGACAUCGACGUCAAGCCUCGAAACUGCAGAUACACUGGGGUCAGGCUCCAGCAGCGCAAACCAGGGUCAGACUAUGGGCAUGGACCCCGACGCGCCAGGGUUCGGCAGUGCAAACGGAGUGGGUAUGAGUUCGGAGAUGGUUGCAUUUUUGAGAGGGCUGGACGAGGAUGAGAGGCAGCUGCUGGCCAUCGGACAAUCGGCUGCGUUGAACAUGCGCGCAUAUCUGUCUGGUCGGUAAAGGCCCUCACAGCAGGUAGCCGGAUACGAAUGACAAGAGUCAGA